AUGGAGUUGGAUCAUUGGAGCGUAUGCGUCUUGCUGCUUUGGGACAACGGCACUCGUCCUCGUGAGCUGCCAGAAGGCCAGGUCAAUGGAGGAGCGCUUAUCGCAGACGGGGGUGUCGAGCAAGGCGAGGUGAGGGGUGGCGAGGUGGCAGAUAGUCCGGAGUGUCACGAUAAGAUGAAGAUCAAUGUGGACGGCCGUUUUGCGGUGCCAGACCGAUGA